GAAUUUCCAGCCAGCAGCUCCUCCGGGCUGAACGGCUCCGAAAAUAGCUCUGCGAAUUCGGAAGCGUCAGAAAAAAAUGGCUGAGGAAGUUUUACCAAUAACUCGACAAGUAACUACAGAAAGCCGGGAAACCGGGACCAGUUUUGUCGAUAUUCAUCUCCUGGACGUCGAGGAUUGUUUAAUUUACGACCGGCAUGGCGUCUGUAUUCCGUUCAAGAGCUUAUAUCAAGAAAGGAAAUCGAUCAUAAUUUUCGUUCGGAAUUUUCUGUGCUACAGCUGCAAAGAGUAUGUUGAGGAUUUGAGCAAAAUACCAAGAGAGGCACUGGAGGAUGCUGAAAUUAGACUGGUUGUGAUUGGUCAGUCUGCUCAUUGUCACAUUGAGUCAUUCUGCUCGCUGACUGGAUAUCCGUAUGAAAUAUACGUGGACCCAGAGAGAUGCAUUUACCAAAAGCUUGGCAUGAAGAGAGAGGAAACAUUUACAGACUCUGCUCCUCCAAGUCCACAUGUGAAGUCUGGUAUGUUUGUGGGCCAAAUGAAGAGUAUAUGGAGGGCCAUGACUAGUCCUGCAUUUGAUUUUCAAGGUGACCUACAUCAGCAGGGUGGAGCCAUUAUUGCAGGACCUGGCUCUCAAGUUCAUUUCUCCCAUUUUGACAUGAAUCGGAUGGACCACAUGCCCAUUAACUGGCUCCUUCAGCUCGCCGGAGUCCAACAGACCCUGGACUUCAGCGAUAAACCAAAGAUCAUCCAUGUGUAGCAAUAGCUGCUGUAAAGAAAUACUGCCAUAAACCUGGGUCAUUUGCACGGCAGUUAGAAUAUUAAGGGGUGAUGCACUUUCUUUUCGAACCUUGGUGUAGUUCUUACAAAGCUUUUGGUUUUGUUUGGGUUAAUUAUCCUAUUGUCGUAUGAAUCUGUCUCUACACAGAUGCAAACCAGAGGUAACGGUGUGUUUGAAGACUGGAGUGCUGUUUCUCCUCAGUCAGGGUGCACUAAAUUCAGAAUGGAAAAACUGAGUGGAAAAACACUGCCAGUCUUAAAUCAUGUUUCACUAUAGGUUACAUCCAGUAGGGAAUGAUUAUAUUUCCUGUUUGUCCACUUACAUACCCUUCUGUCAUUGCUGCACAUCUCAACUAAGUUCACCCCAAGCGUUUGUUCUUGUUUCCCCUCCUGAGAAGAGGUUUAGAGACACUACUCAUAGGACUUUUACUUCAAUUUUACUGAUUGGAGUCUUGCAUGCUUCACCUGACAAAUUGUGUCAUGACACGAGGUAGUUUUUCUAUCUCUUAGUGAACCAAGCUUGUAGUAUUGAUCUUCUGAUGGUGUGAUGAUUUUAGGUCUGUCUGUGCUUUGGAUACACCUCUCCAGUAUUUUCUACAAAGGAGCUAACAUGAUCAGUGCCUUAAAUCAAUUCAAACACAGACCUCGAAAUAGAGCAGAUUCUUAAUAUUUCUUUUUCCUUUUACAUAUCAAAGCUUCUCGUGUUUUUAAUCCUCAACAUUGUCAUUAUUUGUAGGUUGUAAAUAAAUAUGAUGGAUGUUUAA